GUGAAGGCUAAUCCAUGUCACUAAUAAUUUAAUUCACAAGCUCAAGUUGUUCUGUUCGUUCUUUUUAUCCUUCUUUCCCCCAACCCUUCUUCUUGUUCCCUCCUCAACAACAACUUCCGAUCUCCGUGCCGCUUGUGCAUCCUUUCUCGUCUUGAUUUAAUAGUCGCAUUAUCAUUCCCGUCAAAUCAAGCAAGCGAUUGAUAUCGAUAGAUUGACUUUUAGACAGAAAAAUAAAACGAUUAAGUCAAAAUGGCCGACAAGGAAUUCACAUUUCAGGAUGUUGCCGAACACAACACCAAGAAGGAUCUCUUCGUAGUUAUCCACGAUAAGGUUUACGAUGCCACAAAAUUCGUUGAUGAACAUCCUGGUGGCGAGGAAGUCAUGUUAGACGUCGGUGGUCAGGAUGCAACGGAAGCUUUUGAAGAUGUCGGACACAGUGAUGAAGCCCGGGAAACCCUUGAGCAACUCCUCGUCGGUACCCUCAAGCGCAAGGCCGGCGACCCGCACCCUAAGGCUCAACAGUCUUCCCUCGCGCCUGAUGCCAACACCACCUCCGCCGGUAUGGGAACUGCGCUAUACGCUGUCGUCUUCGUUGGAGGCCUACUCGCGUUCGGCGUCUAUCAAUACCUACAGGCCCAACAGGCCAGCACUGAGGCUUAGGUAAUGCGCAUCCACGGAUUCUUUUGGGAGGGGAGUCAUUCACAAGGGGGCCUCGGAGUGUACGGGACAAUUCAUAGGAUGGGAUAAUCGAUACCUUCCUGGUGUGUUUAUUAUCGAUUCCUUAAUAGACCAGGUCGUUUGGUUUUUCACACAUAUUUCCCAUUGCCGCAUCAUUAACUAGA